CUUAGCUGUGUUGGAGUGGAAGAACAUCAUGCUGUUGACAUUGACCUGUAUCACUGUCCCAACUGUGCAGUUCUACAUGGCUCCUCCUUGAUGAAAAAGAGGAGGAACUGGCACAGGCACGACUACACAGAAAUUGAUGAUGGUUCCAAACCAGUGCAAGCUGGAACUAGAACUUUUGUGAAGGAAUUACGUUCUCGAGUCUUCCCAAGUGCCGAUGAGAUCAUUGUGAAGAUGCACGGAAGCCAGCUGACGCAGAGAUACCUGGAGAAACACGGCUUUGAAGUCCCUAUCAUGGUCCCCAAGUUAGAUGACCUAGGACUCAGGCUCCCUGCAGCUACUUUUUCUGUUAUGGAUGUGGAACGUCAUGUAGGUGGUGACAAAGUGAUAGAUGUCAUUGAUGUGGCAAGGCAGGCAGACAGCAAAAUGACACUUCACAAUUAUGUUAAGUACUUCAUGAAUCCUAACAGACCAAAAGUGUUAAAUGUGAUCAGCCUUGAAUUUUCAGAUACAAAGAUGUCUGAAUUGGUGGAGGUCCCUGACAUAGCACGAAAACUUUCCUGGGUGGAAAAUUAUUGGCCAGAUGACUCAGUUUUUCCCAAGCCCUUUGUUCAGAAAUACUGCUUAAUGGGAGUUCAAGACAGCUACACAGAUUUCCACAUUGACUUUGGUGGAACUUCAGUUUGGUACCAUGUCCUCUGGGGUGAGAAGAUUUUUUAUUUGAUAAAGCCAACUGAUGAAAAUUUGGCACUCUAUGAAUCUUGGAGUUCAUCUGUGACCCAGAGUGAGGUGUUCUUUGGAGAUAAGGUGGAUAAAUGCUAUAAAUGUGUGGUAAAGCAGGGACAUACCUUAUUUGUUCCUACAGGGUGGAUUCAUGCUGUGCUCACUUCUCAGGAUUGUAUGGCUUUCGGGGGGAACUUCCUGCACAACCUUAAUAUUGGCAUGCAGCUCAGGUGUUAUGAGAUGGAGAAAAGGCUAAAAACACCAGAUCUUUUCAAAUUCCCUUUCUUUGAAGCCAUAUGUUGGUUUGUAGCCAAAAACUUGCUGGAAACCCUGAAAGAGCUGCGAGAAGAUGGUUUCCAGCCUCAGACUUACCUGGUGCAGGGCGUGAAAGCUCUGCAUACUGCUUUAAAAGUGUGGAUGAAAAAAGAACUUGUAUCCGAACAUGCCUUUGAAAUUCCAGACAAUGUUAGACCUGGACAUCUUAUUAAAGAACUUUCUAAAGUAAUUCGAGCAAUAGAGGAGGAGAGCGGCAAGCCAGUGAAAUCUCAGGGAAUCCCUACUGUGUGUCCAGCUUCACGGUCCUCGCAUGAAGCAACUUCCCCGUACCUUUCCCGACGAAAGAUGAGGAAACUCCGAGAUCAUAGCAUCCGAACUCCUUCUAACCUGGACAUCCUAGAGCUCCACACGCGGGAGGUCCUCAGGAGAUUAGAGAUGUGUCCAUGGGAAGAGGACAUCUUGAGCUCUAAACUGAAUGGUAAAUUCAACAAACAUCUCCAGCCAUCUUCUACGGUACCUGAAUGGAGAGCGAAAGAUAACGAUCUGCGGUUACUGCUGACAAAUGGCAGGAUAAUUAAGGACGAGAGACAGCCCUUCGCAGAUCAGAGUCUGUAUACAGUAGACAGCGAAAGUGAAGAGGAGACCAGAAGGACAAAAAAGGCAAAAGUGAAGAUGGAAGCGGGCUCAGGAGCAGAGGCAGCGGACAGCGAGGCGCCUCAGAGACCGCUGAGCAGGUUUUUUACAAGUGUGAAAUCAGAACUCAGGAAUCGAGCAUCAGAAUAUUCUGAUAUUUCUGAUUCAGAAGACUCUGGACCUGAUUGCAUUGCACUGAAAAAUAAUUUUACCACUGAAGAGUCUGAAAGUUCAGGUGAUGAAAAGAAACAAAAAAUAACAUCAAAUUUUAAGGAGGAAUCUAAUGUGAUGAGGAACUUCCUUCAGAAGAGCCAGAAGACAUCUAGAAGUGAAAUUCCAGUUAAAAGGGAAUGUCCUACCUCGACGAGCACAGAGGAAGAAGCCAUUCAGGGCAUGCUGUCCAUGGCAGGGUUGCACUAUUCCACGUGUUUACAAAGGCAGGUGCAGAGCACAGGCUGCAGCCGCGAAAGCAGCUCUCUCCAGGACCCCAGCAGCUGCCACAGCAGUAACCACGAGGCUAGGCCGCUGUAUCGCUGCGACAAACCAGUGGGAUGUGGGUACCAUGUCAAGACUGAAGAUCAGGACUUGAGGAGUUCCUCCUGGGUUAAACAGUUUGAUACGACGUCCAGAAUUAAUCUUCAGGAUCUAAGUAGAGGCCAUAAAUGCAUCAAAAAGGAAGGUUCAUCAGAAAUCAGGCAAAAGGUACAAAGUAGGAAUUCUGUGGACAGCAGUGGCUCAAGCCCUCCAAAUGGAAAGUACUCGCAGAGUUCAAGCUUGGUUUCUGGGCCAUGCCAGAUAAGUAAUGGCAGUGGAAGCCCAGAAAGGCCCGCUGGCGAAACUUCCUUUUCGGUGCCCCUCCACCCCACCAAGAGACCUGCAUCAAACCCACCACCUAUCAGCAACCAGGCAACAAAAGGUAAACGUCCGAAAAAAGGAAUGGCGACAGCCAAACAACGUCUUGGGAAGAUCCUGAAGCUGAACAGGAACGGCCACGCACGCUUCUUCGUGUGACAGUGCGCGGCCGCUCUUCCCUCGGACACCAGUGUCGGCGGGGCUGCUCCCGCCGUGGGGACGCCACCAGAACAAAAGGGACCUGAUGCUGCAUUCUCACUGUGCCACACCCACUCAGCAAUAACCUUUGGACCUGGUGGGGGAGGAGGAGGGCAGAACCUUAAAAGGAGGCCUCGAACUGAAACGGGUCUCUUGUCAGGGCUUGAAUUUCAUUUGUUGUUGGUAGUUUCUUGAUUUAUUUUCAGUGGUAGGGUAAAGAAUUAUUGAUAAUUUAUUUAACAGAUUUUUUUUAAAGUUAACAGCUUUUAAAUUCUUUCUUUUUUAAAGCUAUUUAUUUGGAAGAUUUCUGGAGAAAUAUCUCACUAAUUUAGAUUUAAGAAUGUGAAGGUUUUAAAUUAUUUUUGAUAGUGCGUGUGUUACAUGUGGGAAGAGCCACGGCAACAGUAUCUAGUCUGGACUCUUAAAUUUGAUAUUCAGGUUAAAGUCUUAAACAGGGAUUUGAUGCAUUAAUUAUUUUAAAUUAAGAUGUAUAUGAAAAUCAUUUUAUUUUAUAUAUUUCGUGUUUUUUAUAAGCUAUUAGCUUCGCUUUUGCUAACAUCCAAGGUGCAUACUGUUAUCCAGGUUGAUGACCUUAUAUCCCACCUUCCCCUCCGCACUCCCGACAUUUGUGACGACACAACAAGACUCUUCUCUUCGCAGGGAAACACCUUCAUCGCCAGUGUGUCAGACCUCCAUAAAAGACCCCACAUUUCUCAUUUCGUUUGAUGUUGCGAUUUUUUUCCUAAAUAUACAAAUGGCUUCUUGCAUUUUCAUUUUUGCUGAUGACCUGGGUCCCAAAGAGAACAGCUUUAAUAUCUUUUCCCUAUUUGUGGGAAAAGUAUUAUAAGUUUGGUUAAAUUGUCAUUUCUAGUUUUUCAAAUGCAUUUGUAACUACAGAGGGCCUUCUUCAUAUGCUGGUGUUGGAAGGCAGGGCUGACACCUGCCACAAAGGUUAUAUUUUACGAUGCUUUUAUUCUGUGUACCUAAUUUGUUGGAAAAUGAGAUUUGACUUAGUCUGCUCAACUCUGCAUAAUAAGCCGUAAUAUAAUAGGGCUGUACUAUAGUACCUGUGUAGAAGCAAGCAUGUUGGAGUAGAUCUUUUGUGGGGUGUGUGUGUGUGUGUGCGUGUGUGUUUAGUUUUUUAUUUCUUAACCUUCUAAAGAAUUAUUUAAGACAUGGAUUUGGAGUAAAAUGGGUGCUCCUUGCAGUUUCUUCCAUCUCUCCUAACUUAGCCAGUGCAUACUGAGGUUAAGUAUCUGAUUGAGCUUUAAGUAAUCAUGUAUCUCUUUUAUGCACAACUUUUACUAAAUGCCCCUUGCUAAUUAUAGCUAAUACUUUUCUCCUCCUUCCCGCCCCCCCAGCUUAAAAAUAAGUGAUUUCAGGGGGUGGGGGUGGACAUGUUUCCAGUUCUGACAGGAGAGCAUUUUACAAGUUCCUACAAAGAAACUAUAGGCAAAUAAGAUCAAAUUUAUUUUUAUGGAGAAGAAAUAUGGCCAUAUUAUGGAUAUUCUUUUUUUAUUCAGCAAGGUAACAGAACUUUUCCUUCUAUAUUAAGCAUCAUGUGUAGUGCUAAGAGAAAAAUCUAUACCGUCAUCUUUCAUGGUUGCAUUCAAGUGUGUACUUUCAAAGGGAGAUAUUUCUUACUCUUUAUUCCAGUGUUUCAUGGAGUAAAUAUGAAAUAACUUAUGAAUUAACCUUUUUGGUCCAAGUGACUGGAUCAAAGUCUGGAUCUUAUCUGGUGUCAGGAAGGAUUUUAUGGAAAUACUAAAUGCCCAUAGGUGGCCUACUUAAACUCUCUACACUGUGCCAAAACUAGUUAAGGGAUGGGCACAGUCAGUCAUUGGAUUGGACCUCAAAAUGAAGAAACUUGAGUUUGACUGAUUCUGCCACCUUCCCCACACAGUAUAUUACUGUGAGGUUUUGGUUUUCUGUAGACACCACUCUAGUGUUUAUAGAACGUGGUUUUUUUUGGUUUAAGAAAUAAGAGCUAUAAUUUUUUUUUUUUUAGUUACAUCAUGAUCUGGGUUCCCGUUUUUUGUUUUCUUACAUUUUUCAGAGCUCUAAGUGGUUUUUUAAUUACCUGAUUUUCCCCCCUUAACUAUAAAAAAUGAAAUAAAACAAUUUAUUUUUAUGAGUUAAAAUUGUGGCCAGUAUCCACAACCGUGUACUUAGGCUGAUAAAUACUAAUUUUAAGUAGACAGUGUGUGGAACUUUUAAGUGAAGGUACUGUGGAUUUGUUUUUGGCAAUUUUAGCCCCUUAACUGGCUAAAUUAAAAAAAAAAAACUUUCAGUAAGAUAAUAAAUAUAACCACUAAAACAGAAACCAUGUAUCUUCUUCUGGAUUGGUACAAAUUCAGCCACCAUCCAGUGACUUACCUAGUCUUAUAAAGUUACUGGCUCUGAUGCAUCCCCUUUAUCUCAUGGAAACACUGAACCUUGAGGUACCUGCAGCCAGUGUCUGGACUCAGCUGUAAUAAACAAUCUUUCAUCUUUCCCUCCAUCUCAUUUAUAAACAAUACUACUGCACAGAUACUGCAACUUAGGAAGACAGCAGUGGUGGCAUUUAGCUAAUUAUAAGCAAACGCAAAUAUGUAAAACAGAAUUAUGACUUACCGUAUGCAACUUUAAUUGUAGUAGUAGAUAAUUUUCCUGCAUUGAUUCAAAUAAGUAGCUUCAGUUAACAUAGUAUCUGUACUGUAACUCAUAAUGCCAUGUAAUAUCAUGCUCUCCAGUAUUGAGAUGUAAGCAGUACAAAGCAGGCAUUUAUAAUAGUUUAGUAUCCUAGAAAUACAUGGAACUUCAUAAGUGUCAGUUAAUUUUUAAAGCAUACAAAACUGAAAAUUCUGACUGAAAUCAACUUAUAAACUCAGAGAGAAAAUAAGCCCAUCUUUAUUACUACUUAAAUACUUAGCUUGAAUACUGUUCUGUUUUUUAAUAAUCCCGAUUAUUGCCUUUUUAAUGAACUCUACUGUAUUUAUUCUUAUGCGAUCAGCAGGUAUUUAUCAAACACCUACUAUGUGCCCAGCACUACUUAGUACUGUGGGGAAAUAUAAAGUUGAAGUGUGGUCUCUGCCCUUGAAGGUAUCUUCUCCAGGAAAUAAGCAGUAUUAUUUUUACUUCUAAAAAACUUAAGCAAAAGAGGGCCCUUUUAUUUAAAAAAGCAUUAACUUCAUUCGUUCUGUGAUAUACUAUGCUAUGUAGAAGUGGAAAUAAUUUUUUUUAAUGUUUUAAAAUUUAAAAAACACUUCAGAAGUUAAUAAUUUAAUGUUGGCAGUGGACAGUCAUGGUUUAGCAUGUAAGGGAGCAGAAGACCUGGAUUUUUGUCCAAGCUCUGCCAUUUUUAUACCAGCUGUGUGACCCUUCUUUCUUAGUUUUCUCAUUUGUAAGUUUGGAUAAAAAGGCAGUUAAAACAUGGAAAAGCAUUUCUUAAUCCAUUAACACUUCAUACUUACAGUUAAUUUAUCAUUUAAGUUGCAACUGAUAAUUAAUGCACAUGUUAUAUGCAUUUUAAAUUAAAACUGCCAUUACUCAUAAAAUUUAUUUUAUGUCAAAUCUAUGCCCAGAGCACACUACCUAAAAAACCUGAAGAAUCUCUAAGAAGGUGCUGAAUUAAAAUAAAAAUUAGUGCUUGAAGUGAAAGAAAAAGUGAAAUAGUUUAUGGAUAAGAGUGAUAAUGUUCAUCCUCAAGGAAUCAUUAAGAUGACUUAAGGUGCUUGAAAGAGAAUUUUAGGUUUUUCUCAAAGAAGAAUUGGGAUGGUACUGCUCCACAGAGUCUGCUUACUCUCCAGGCACUAGAUAGAGGUAAAAUAAGUCAUGGAAUUAAAAUGAUUUAGCAACAACCCAUGGAACCAGGGCAUAAACUAAGGUGGUUCCAAAGAUGGGAAUCAACAAAGACAGCUCAGGGUUGGCUACGGAUGGCUUGUUGGGCAGAGAGAGACCACUGUGGUAGUGUAGGAAAGGAGACAGCAUGGAACAUCUUCAAAGGGGAAGAUUCUUUCUGCUUUUUUCAAGAGAUGCUUUCUGUAGUGACAAGACUACUCCCCAAAGAGUUCAUGGAUAACUGCCGCUCGGUGUACCACUGCCAGAAGUAACUAUGCAGUGUAGCAGCCUUUUAGGAUUUCACAUGGAGAUGAAGGCUUAAUAAUGUCAAUGUGAAAAUUUUUCAAAAAUUCAUUUUUCUCGUUAAGUAUUUAGCCUAUUGCUCCCUCCAAAAAGAGAAGCUAAAGAUCAGUCAUUUUCAGAUGCCCUAGGCCUUCAUCUAAAGCAAUCUCGAGAAGGUUGAGCAUCAGAUCAUUAGGAAAAACGUGUUGCUGGUAAAGGAGACAAAUGAAACCCAGAUAGGGCAGUGACCCGCCUGGGGUCACAGUGGACCCCAGAGCUCUGGGACCUUGCUUCCUACCACAGCCCCUCUCUGUGACGCUGUGCAGCCCCUGCUCGUCCUGGCGGUGAUGCUGAUACGCUUGCUAGAAGCCAGGUGGAAAGAAAGGAGAAGCGAUGUACUCACUACAUUGCUGGUGGACUAAAGUAAUUUUGAUACUGUAGCCUUACAAAAACCCUGCCCUUACUUUCAUUUGUUCUGCAGUGAACAUCAUGACAUAAAAGUCAAAUAUUUUAUAUCCCUUACAGAAACAAAUUUUUUAAAAUUAAGGUCAUUAAGAAGCAAAUGCCUGUUUCCAAAGCAAUCAGCUUAUUGUGCUUGACUGUGGUUUUACUCUUUUAUACUCCCCCCCCCCCCUUAAUGGGUAGGGGAAAAUAAUGCCUGUUUACCUGCAUUCUACCCUGUAGAGUCUCCCUCUCACCCUUGGUGCCCUCUCUAGUGUCCUAAAGCUUUGUCUUAACAAGUGCAACUAAAUUUUUGUUAAAACCCUUUGAAAACUGUAUUCAGUGAUUCUUUCAACAAGUCGAUCUGCUCUGCACUAUUUCACUAAUAAACCCUGGCUACCACGUAGCCCUUGACCUCCAAGUAGUUACCUAUGCAAGACCUGUGACAUUCUGAACUCACUUUUCCUCAUUUCAGAAAGCAGUCCUAAGUGGAACUUAAUCAUAAAGAUAAACCUUGCCCCAACCCAGUUUUAUUUUGGCCAUUUUCUUUUCAGAGUGUCAGCUGUUUUCCCCCAAGAUUUUUCACCAAAACAAUGCUCAUAAGUGCUGGAAUAUAUCACAUUUUGCAGGAAUAAAAUAACCCAGACAUACUCAUAUUUCUGUGGUAGAUUUUGGUUGAUAACAGUUACCAGUAUUAAGUGGAGUAUAUCAUGAGGAGUUAAUUCCUUGCCUAGAAUCAUUUCUUCCCUUGAAGAGUCAUAACUAACCUUAUAUUUUUAGAAAGCAUACAUAUAACUUCCACAUUAUAGUCAGGGACCUGAGGCGUCACUUGCUAAGUGAACCCCAAGGUUAUUUUAUCUUGCAAAAGAAACCUAAACCAAACUAAGGGCCUUACAUUUAUGGUUAGACUGAAUCAAAAGCUAUAACCUCAAUUUUUCCCAAAAUAGCUUCUGACUGCAAGCGCAAGUCAUGCAGUUGUUAGGUAUGAAAUCGCACUGAUCAGGAAAUGCACGCGCAACUUCGCAGACUGUAUUUCCUUCCGAAAAGACUUUUCUACUUUUAAUAUAAACUAAGCCAUAACAGUUUCAUGCUGUGGAAAGAGGGUGAAAGGUUCAUUUGAAGAGAUUAUAUAAUAUGAAUUUUCACAUUUACUGUGAAGUGUCUAACUUUGCCAGUGCUUCAGCAGGUUGUUUUUUGUUGUUUUUUUUUGGAGGGGUAGAGGGAGGUGAUAGGGAGGGGUAGUAUUGAUUGUAGGGGUUUCAGAUCUGUGAAAUUUGAGAAGGGGACAGUUGUUGGCUAUGGUAUUUAUUAGUUUUGUAGUAAUGUUUUGCUAGCCUGACUGACUUUUCUGAACUGAUUUUUACGCCCAUGGUCCAAGGUGACUGGUACCCAUUCUUGUUGGGGGUGUCUGCGGAGUAGUGUCUCGUCUGUUUGUAUAGGCGGUCAGCGUGUGUGCACAUGUGUGUCCUUUGAAUACAGAAGUGCACUGUGUGACUGCAGAGCGGGGUGUGUCUGGGAAGCGGGAUGCUGAAGCUUUAAAGAGCAUUUUUUUCGACUCGUAACAGUAUUUCCCAUCUUUUGCCUGCAGGCAGGGAAAGUGUACAGUAUUUAUUUUGCUUCUGUUUUAAAUUUGUAAGUCUUUAAAUAGUUUAAUUGGCUAUUAGAGGGGAGGACAGUGACUUGUUUAAAGUUGUAUUUGAUAUUCUUACUUUCCGAUUUCUGUAUUUUAAAAUAUUGAAAUUAAAAUUGUAUUACUUCUGUUUUGAUUUUUUUUAGCGCUCGGUGUAUUUUUGGCUCAUUUUGUUUGAAAGUCUAAAUGUUGAAAAUUGUAUAAAAUGUGUCUUUGAAAGAAAAAAAAUUGAAUUCUAUAUGCAAUUCUGA